AUGUUGAAGAAUUACUCUAGCAACAUUGACUUUUAUCUCCUUGGUUUCUAUGGCUCCAGAGAACGACACAAUAUCCUCUUUGCUGUCUUCUUCUUCCUCUACUCAGUGACAUUAAUGGGAAACAUAGUCAUCAUUGUGACUGUCUAUAUUGAUAAACGUCUGCAAUCCCCCAUGUAUUUUUUCCUUGGCCACCUCUCUAUCCUAGAGAUCCUGGUCACAUCUGUUAUCAUCCCCUGGAUGCUCUGGGGCUUGUUGCUCCCUGGAAUGCAGGCUAUAUCUUUGACUGCCUGUGCUGCACAACUAUACUUGUACCUUUCCUUGGGCACAUCAGAGUUGAUAUUACUGGGAAUGAUGGCUGUGGACCGUUAUGUGGCUGUCUGUAACCCUUUGAGGUACAACAUCAUCAUGAGCAGCCACACCUGCAUCUGGGUGGUGAUUGUGUCAUGGGUGUUUGGGUUUCUUUCUGAAAUCUGGCCAGUCUAUGCCACCUUUCAGCUGACCUUCUGCAAAUCAAAUGUGUUAGACCAUUUUUAUUGUGACCGAGGGCAGCUGCUCAAACUAUCCUGCGAUAACAGCCUCUUCACAGAGCUUAUUCUUUUUUUAAUGGCUGUCUUCAUUAUUGUUGGUUCUUUGAUCCCUACAAUUGUCUCCUACACUUACAUCAUCUCCACCAUCCUCAAGAUCCCUUCAGCCUCUGGCCGGAAGAAAGCCUUCUCUACAUGUGCCUCCCACUUCAUUGUUGUUGUGAUCGGCUAUGGCACCUGCCUGUUCCUGUAUGUGAAACCCAAGCAAACUCAGGCAGCUGAGUACAACAGGGUAGCAUCAGUGAUGGUUUUAGUAUUGAAUCCUUUUCUGAACCCAUUUAUCUUCACUCUCCGGAAUGACAAAUUUAUCGAGGCCUUUCGAGAUGUCAUGAAACGCUGCUGUGGACUACUACAGGGUUAG